AUGGCCAAGGAAAGACCAUUGUCCUCAAAGAUGCGCCCCACUCGUACCAGCAAGGAAGAUAUACUUAUGAGCAUCAAGCCGGAGCAUAUGAGCAACAUCGCUGCAGGCAGGAAGAAUCACGAGUACCGCGGCUAUCUCCUCCCUUCUAGCGUCCGACGCCUUUGGCUCUACACAACAGCGCCCCUCUCGCGAAUUGAGUACGUUGCGCGCAUCUCGCGCGGCAAAACGCGCGGUGAAGUUGCCGAAGACGGUGGAAUCGGCAAUGCGGACUUUAAUGCUGGGAGAAAAGUCUCAAAAUACGCGUACGAGAUUCUAGAACUAUGGAAAUUACGCGAACCGAUCAGUCUCGCGUCGGCUAUAUCCAGCGGCUUCCUGAAGGGUCCUCCACAGAAGUACUGCUGGGCCCCUGUUGCGCUACUCGCGAAUUAUUCUCUUCCGAGACAGGAUCAUUUGUUUUGUAGAGAAGUACAAGAAAACCCUGUUGAAGGGAGAGAUAGAUCUGGACCGGAGAUGUCUGGGGAUACGCCGAGUGUAGUUGGGAGAAGUAAAAUAUCUGAUUUCUUCACGCCCUUGGGUUCGGAUAGUUAG